UCAGCUCGAGUUGGUUGUCUUUGGUUUGCUGUUUCCUUCGUUGAAUGUCUCUUCUACCCAGUCUCACCAGCCGAGCCUCUCUCUCCCUUUUCUGUCUCAAACUCACAUGGCGUCAAAAUAAGCCGUCAAGAAAACGAAAGAGAGAUAGAUCCCUCAAAACAGGCGUCGCGUGGCGGCUCUGCAAACUAGAAAAAGCUAAUCUUUUUCUCUGUGGGUUCUUUUUUUUUUAAUAAAUUUAUAUUAUUGUUUGUCAUUUGCUCGGCUCAGAUCCGGCUUAGUUAGAUCUAAGUAGCCAAAUCGAUCUCCCUCCAUUUUUUCUCUCUCUUUCUUUAUUUAGCUUCUUCUUUCUGUUUGGUUUGAGUGUUGUUUUGUUGGUUUUUGCUUCUUCUGUUCUGUUCUUCACUCGAUCACUGGACAGAAAGGGAGAGAGGGAAAGAAAGAAGUAAGAACCAAUUCGAUGAUCACAUGAUUCUGCUUAUUAGAAUUGGGAAAGAGUUCUAGUAGUGGGUCAUCAAGGUUUUAUUUUGUUAUGAACUUUGGAGUGACAGGAACUGUGAGUGGGAGAGCUGCAAAUCAAAUGGACUGGACUGUAAAUAACGCAUUUAAAACUUAUAAAGAUAUGGAACCCAAAGCUGUGAUGGAUAUGGCAAUCAUUCAAAAUGUUGAUCCAAUAGAUAUUGGACUUGGCUCUUCGGAGAAGGGAAAUGCUGUUGUUCCAACUAAAAGAAAGAAGACAAUGACGUCAGUUUAUCUCAAGUAUUUUGAGACCGCUCCUGAUGGAAAGAGUCGGAGAUGCAAGUUUUGUGGUCAGAGCUAUUCUAUUGCAACUGCCACAGGCAAUUUGGGAAGGCACCUUAGUAAUCGGCAUCCAGGAUAUGAUAAGUCUGGAGAUUCCAUUACUAGUUCAGCACCACAACCGAUUACUGUGGUCAAGAAAACUCAACCUCAAGGGAAAGCACAGGUGGAUUAUGAUCAUCUGAAUUGGUUGCUCAUUAAGUGGCUCAUCUUAGCUUCUCUUCCUCCUUCAACCCUGGAGGAGAAGUGGUUGGCAAACUCAUUUAAAUUUCUGAACCCAUCGAUACAACUCUGGUCAGGUGACAAGUACAAAGCAGUAUUUCGUGAAGUUUUUAGGAGCAUGCAGGAAGAUGUGCGGGCAUCUUUGGAACAGGUUUCUUCUAAGGUUUCAAUUGUUUUGGAUUUUUGGACCUCGUAUGAGCAAAUCUUCUAUAUGAGCGUCACAUGCCAAUGGAUAGAUGAAAAUUGGUCUUUUCGAAAAGUCCUUCUUGACAUUUGUCAUAUACCUUACCCUUUUGGGGGUUCUGAGAUCUAUCAUUCUCUAUCGAAGGUUCUUAAGAUGUAUAAUUUAGAGAAUAGAAUCCUUUCUUGCACCCAUGAUAACAGUCAGAAUGCAAUUCAUGCUUGCCACACCCUGAAAGAGGAUUUAGAUGGUCAGAAAGCAGGACCAUUUUGUUACAUUCCUUGUGCUGCUCGUGCUUUGAAUUUGAUUAUAGAUGAUGGAUUAAGAACCACAAAACCAGUUAUCUCCAAGAUUAGGGAGUUUGUGCUAGAGUUAAAUUCGUCCACAGAGAUGGCAGAUGAUUUUACUCAAUUAGCUACAGCUUUUCAGGAAGGCAGUUGGAAAUUUCCACUUGAAACUUCAGCACGAUGGAGUGGUAAUUACCAAAUGCUGGAUCUUGUGCGCAAGGCUGGUAAGGCUAUGGAUGGUGUUAUAAGGAAGUAUGAGGAGACAUUAGGUAGCAGGAUGCUGCUGAGCUCUACAGAAAAGAAUGCAGUUAGUAUUGUGCAUGGAUAUUUGGAGCCUUUCUACAAAACCACAAAUAAUAUUUGCACAAGCAAGUUACUUACCAUUGGAUUGGUUCUUUUCUUCAUGGAUCAUAUUUCGGAGAUGAUUACAAUAUGCAGAGAGUGCCGUCACAGUCCAGAUUGGCUUAAAAAUGCUGCAGAAGAAAUGGCUAAGAAGGCCAGGAGUUAUAACAGUCAGGUUUGCAACAUAUUCACCUUCAUGACUGCAAUUCUUGAUCCCCGAAUAAAAAGCGAGCUCAUCCCCGAGAGUCUUAGCACAGGGAAUUAUCUAGAAGAAGCCAGAAACCAUUUUAUAAGGAAUUACUCAUCAAGUCAUUUUCCAUCCAUGGCAAGUGGGUAUGGUGCUCAAGAGACAGAAGAUGGAGGCAGUGUUUCUUUUGCAGAGGAAAUUGCUCGAAAAAAACGACGGGCAACCUUGAGCAAUGCCACUGAUGAGCUCACUCAAUAUCUAUCAGAGCCUCCUGCUCCAAUACCAACAGAUGUUCUGGAGUGGUGGAAAGUCAACAGUUCACGCUACCCCCGGCUAUCUGUGAUGGCUCGGGAUUUUUUAGCAGUGCAGCCAACUUCAGUAGCACCUGAAGAACAUUUUUGCAGUAAAGGGGAUGAAAUCGAUAAGCAACGGUUCUCUAUGCCACAUGAUAGCACACAAGCUAUUCUUUGUAUUAGGUCUUGGACUCAAGGAGGGAUCAUGCUGAAGUACAAAUCAACAGAAAUAGACUAUGAAAGGUUAAUGGAAUUGGCAGUUGCUGCAACAGCAGAUAACAACAGCACUGCUGGAGCUGAGAAAAAACAAAAAUGAUAAAUAAAUACACAAUGAAGAAUGAGAAACACUAAUUAUAAUUGGUGAAUGGAAGCUGAGGGCAAUGGAUGCCAUUAAUGUAGAUUGUGUCCUGCUUAGUCUGUAAUCUAGCCUCCACUCACAAAGAGGAAACUAGUUCUCAAUAUUCUUUUCCUAUUGUUGUAUGUAUCAAUGUUAUGUAUUUGUGUACAGUUGAAGCUAACUAGAGAGGCUAACAGAUUAAUCUCAUGUUAUGAUGUAAACAAAGAAGAUGAGAAUCUUUGUCAUAUAUUAUAUCAGAUUAGCAAAUUGGCUGGUAUUUUGCCAGGGCUGUUUCAUUUAAA